AAUAUCUCGUUUUGAAAUCUCGCGAGAAUUUUGAUCACGUUUGCGGAAGUUUACAUUCUACUGCAGGAAAACGUGUUUCUAGUGGAAGUCAUGAAAUGACAAAGUGACUGUAUAUUUUCUUUAGCUUGUUGGCUUCAGAGUGAACGACUUAAAUGAUGCAUUCGGUCCUAAUUAACGCGGUUUUGCUGAGCUCUCCGGAUUACGAAGUUUUGCUGGGAUCUCUGCUGUGGCCCAGUGAGACGUGGCCGGAGACAGAGAGAGUGGAAGCGCUGGCAGCUCUUAUUGAAGGACUCGGUGAACUUUUAUCCCGCUCAGAUCCACAGCCGGUCACAGACGCAACAAGGCGGAGCAUUAUGGAUCAAAUCGAGUCGGUCAUUUGGACCAGGUGCAUGCCUCUCCUUUCCAAAAUCUCAGCAGAGCCGGGAGAAGAUGCGCGCUGCAGGGAGAGCACAGCAGCUGUUUGCAGACUUUUGCGUGUUUGCGUUGCGCGGUGCAGCGAGGAUGCGUGGAAGCGAGCGGCUCAGUUCAUCCUCCCAUCCCUGCAGCCACAAGAUGAGGUCUUACCCGGGGGUUUCAGCGUGGAGGUGGCCUCUGAGAGCCUGGCAUCCCUCAUUCCUUUCCUAUCAACUGAUGAUCAUCUCACAGACACCAUUCUGUCUGCUGCAUUGGCCUCUAUCAGAUCCCUCCCUGACGCAUCUGUCCCCAGAAUCAUUAUGAGGAUCAUCUCAACUCUCCUGAGGUGCUGCAGCGGUGCACGCUCCAGCUCCAUCCUCAGGUCCAUCCUGGAGCACAUGUGCAGCUGGCAUUCCUCAGAGAACUCAGCAAUAGUGACAGAGAGGUCACUGCUGUGUUUGACCUCCCUGUCAGACCACCUCUUCCAACCGCACAGCUCAGACACACCUGACCCUCGCUUGUAUGUUCAGUUCUGGAGGAUUGUUCAGGAUGGACUGACUCACACAGACAGCCUGACCCGUAAGAGGGCUCUGUACCUUCUGAAGAGAGGUGUAGCCCUGUCAGAAGAGCACGCCUUAGAAGUUCCGUCCUCUGCAUCAGAAGAAGAUGAGAUGUUGUUCAGCUGGGCUGCUGAUAGGCUGGAGGUGCUCAGAAACUUCUGGGAGGAUUACGUUCUGGUAAUGGAGACUCUGGAAGAGAACCAGAUUCACGUUGUCCGGCCAGUUUUAAACAGAAUCGACACUCUGAUUGAAACUACAGUAAACAGUUGCCAAGGCUCGGGCUGGGGCCUGUUCCACCCGUCCUGGCUGCUGUGUGUGUACCACCGCAUGUUCCACAGUGAGAAUAAAUCCCUAACCAAAGAAGGAGUGUGUCAUCUGGUGGAGCUGCACGUCCUGCAGCAUCCUGCCUUUGCGUCAUCUUUUUCUCAGUUCAUCGUUGGUUCGUUUAUGGACGUUCUCUCCGAAUCGUCACUUUUCCACAGGUCACCUGUUGAAAGAGUCGGGGAGUGUCCGGAACUAGCGGUGAAACUCCGAGUCUUCAUGGCCACCUUCUUCACCAGUUUGCCCCAGGAGGAGCGACGUGGCGUACUGCUUCAGCUCAUUCAGCAGCUGAGCUCUAAGCACUGGAGUGCAGUGCCACUCCUCUUCGUGUGUGAGUCGCUGUCUAAGCUUCCUCUGGAGCCUCUGCUGGGAACCAGCGGGCUCGCCGCGAUCAGGGAGGUCCUGCGAUGCACCAUGAUCACUCAUCAGGUGCUACUGAGAGGAGCUGCUCAGUGUUUCCUGCUCAACAGUGCCCUCUCUCUUACAGUAGUGAGUGAAGUAACCCUGGAUGAUGUUUUCUCGUUCCUGAUGUGUUUCCGACCGGAUGAGUCUCUGUGCAGAGGAACACAGCUGUGGAAUCAAGUGUGUGCCUGGCUGUUGAAACAUGAGGGCAGUUUUAAACCAAGAAUAAUUGAUGGAGAUUUGGAUGCUCCCUCCCAUAAAAAGGAAACCGUAAAAGCUCAUGUUCAAGAGGCGCUGCUGGCCUUUCUCGUGGUGCCUGCUUGUUCGGGUCAGAACGAAAGGCUGCCCGACUCCAGGGAGGCUGACAAGCUCGCCAGAGCCGUCCUGCUGUGCGUGGAAAUGCAGAGGAGUCAAGAAUUAAUCAGCUUUCUGGACUCGCUGUUGUCUCCCCUGCUUGACACGCUGAGCAGAGUCAGCACCAAUAUGUACCAGCCUCUGAGCAAGAGCGACAAGAGCCUGCAGCUGCUGCUCAGGUUGUGUGAGCUGGUAGCAAUCAAUCAGGAUAAAGAGGAUGAUGUGCAGGUUGCUGUAAAGGCCAUGCUUUUUAGGCUUUUUGACCCGAUCCUGGAGUUUAUCCUGCGGCAGCUGUGUGGGGGGCUGCAGGAGCUGUGUGACGUGGAGCGAGCAGAUCUGUAUCUCUGUGUCCUGAGGCAGCUGGUUGUUGUGUGUUCUUCUUCAUCACAACACUGCAGCAAAAUGCACCAAAUAGCUUUCCCUAAACUCAUCAAGUUUGGCCUCACAGCUCUACAGAAUCAAACCCAGAGGGUUCCUACAGUGGCAGAUCAGGUUCCUGUAGCUGUUGCUAUGGCAUCCCUGGCUGCUGUGUGUGAUCUUGCAGCGCGGGAAAGAACUGACAUGCAAUCAGAAACCAUCUCCGCUUUGAAAUCUCUGAAUGAUUAUUUCUUCAAUUUGACCACAUCUUCACAACAUCAGGCUUGUUUUGGAUGCAUCAAUCAUCGCCUCGUGAAACCACAGCUCACAGAUUCAGGUAGUCUUGAAGCACAGGGGAUUCUGCAGCAGGACUGGGGACUCAUUGCUGCCAGAUUCAUGCGAGACCAGUGGAUUUGUCUGAACUUUCUUUUUAAGACUUUCGGGAUUCCCGCGUCGACAGCCGACGCCCACAAAGCUGCUCUUCUCUGUGGGCUGGAGGCCCUGACCCUGCUCCCCAGUGACCUGGUGCUGCCUGUGCUUUCAUUCAUCCAGAUGGUUUUGCCUCACUUGGUGGGUGGCGACGAGGCACUCUGUGUGCAGACAGUGACUUGUAGCUGGGAGCUCGUGCAGGGGCUGAACACCAAUGCUCACGACUUCUGGCCAGCUCUGAGAGGCUUCAUCCACAUGGCCUUUCAGCGCCGCCUGCUCAGCCUCCCCAAGGAUCAGGCUCCAGACCUCAAGGCCGCUCUGAAGCAGAUCGCCUCUGAGUUAUUGGAGCUGUCUCAGACAAAGAGCGGCGUGUAUGGCGUGCUGACUCAGCACUGCUGUCAGACAUGGCUGGACACUGACGGCGGCUUUACGAGUGUUUUCAACUACUUGGACAUAGUCACUGAAGCUUGUGUUUAUGGGCCUUUGAUGAGGAAGGAUCAACGACUCAUUCAGGACGUCCACAUAUAUGUGGAGCAACUGGGAGGCGCAUGUGCUGCUAAUAUUGCUGUUACAAACUGCCUCUUGUUCUGCAGUGAUAACAGGGAUGAUCAGCUACCCCGGAUUUGUGUCCUGGCUUUCCUCAGCCGCCUGGAUUCCACUAAUGUGCUGCACCAAAGACUCAUGGAGGAGCUCGUUUUUGAGUUACUGAAGAAGGACGCUGAAAUAUCAAAGUCUAAAACACGUUACCAUAGUAACUCCCUGCAACACCGUGUAAAAAACAGAGUGUGGCAAACACUGCUGAUGCUGCUGCCUAAGCUCAAAGAGGAGUUUGUUGACACACUGCUGAAGCCAGUGUUUGAAGCCGGAUUCGGCAGCAAUCACGCCUCAGUGAAAUACCUGAUCGAGUGGAUGAUGGUUCUGAUCCUCGUCCGCUGCCCACAACACAUUGAGAGUUUGUGGGUUUGCUUCAGCAAGGCUCAUGAACACACCAAGACCAGCAUCUGCACCUUCCUGUCAGUGCUGGUUCAUCUCAAUGUCAUUGUUCCACAUCUUAAGGAUAAGGUUGUGCACCUCCGUAAGGCGUUGGAUGUCAUCCUGCAGUCGUGCCUGAGUCACAACUUCAGCGUCCGCCUAUACGCCUUGCUGGCGCUGAAGAGGGUGUGGCAUCUGACAGAAAACAUGGUGGAGGAGGCUGAAGCUUUGAGAUCCUUGUCCUCUGUGGUUGGUGUUUGUCUGACCCAGGCAGAGGCCAUGCAGAGCACUGGAAAUGCUAGCAAGAACUGGAUUAGGAUUCAGGAGCACUUCUUUUUCGGCUGCUUUCAUCCUACCAGGGAUUUCAGCGUUGAGACUAUUUUCUACACCUUUCCUAGUCUAUCAGAGCUGACUGACGAUGAGUGGAUUCCACUGUGGAAGUUUGAGAAGUUUGUAAAGUUUGCGGAAAGUCCAUCGCUUCCUUUGAGGAAUGGCACUCGCGACUUGGAGCAGGUCCAGCCUGGAGACUGGAUUCAGCAGGACUGCAGUGAACAGGGUAAGGAGGAGCGUUGGGCCGAGGUCCAGAAGAAGAUCACCCCAUCGAGGCUGGGAAUUCAGGAGCAGGAACCCGAACUGCAGCUGAUUCCACCCCAACGGGCUGCCCGACUGGGCAAACAGCCGGGGGCCCUGCUGGUCGUGGCGUCACUCAUCGACAAGCCAACCAACUUGGGAGGUCUCUGCAGGACUUGUGAGAUCUUUGGUGCCAGCGCUCUGGUCCUUGACAGCCUCCGCCACGUCACGGACAAACACUUCCAGUCACUGAGCGUCUCAUCCGAGCUGUGGCUUCCUUUGUUGGAGGUGAAGCCCAUGGAGCUGACAGAAUUCUUGCAGAUGAAGAAGAGUGAAGGCUACUGCAUCGUUGGAGUGGAGCAGACGGCCAACAGUCAGAGCCUGCAGGACUACCGGUUCCCUGAAAAGACGCUGCUCCUCCUGGGGAAUGAGCGUGAAGGUAUCCCUGCUAAUUUACUCCAGAUGCUGGACGUGUGCGUGGAGAUCCCCCAACAGGGCGUGAUCCGGUCACUGAAUGUGCACGUGAGCGCUGCCCUGUUGAUUUGGGAGUACACUCGGCAGCGUCUGACCUCUGACUCGACGAAAGUCGGGAACAAACGCGAGUGAGCGGCGUUUACGGAGCGCCUCUCGACAGACGAGCACAUUGAAGCUUUUGUGAAGAUCCUCGGGUACUUUGACAUUUCUGCAAGGAGCAGACACUUUGACUCAGCGGCCAAAAGCUUUUGUGACUUAAAUGUGCCAUCUAAAUUUCUUUUAUAUGUUGCUCUACUCACAAACAUAGAAUGUAAUACUAUCGUGAUAUUUCUA